AUGCCCCGUUCUUCUCGUACAGGUGAACUGAUAUUUAAUCUUGAGAUCGAGAAGGUUGAGCGAAAGCUACGAAAGGAAGCCAAGCAACGAAAACCUACUCAGGUUGCGAAGCUGGCAGAAUCUUUAAACCACCUCAGAAUCUCUAGCUCCAGCGACUCUAAAAGUGAUCAAAAGACUGUCAUGGCUGAGGAUACCCGCACUUUAAGGGAGUUGGCUGCUCCCAACUUGGCGCAGCAGCCCUUAUGCAUUAACUUUCCCACUCUAAAUAACACUAUUACUUUUGAACUGAAAUCUGGAUUAAUUCAUUUAUUGCCUUCUUUUCAUGGACUUGCAGGUGAAGAAACUCACAAACACUUGCAAGAGUUCGACGUGGUGUGUUCCAGCAUGAAACCACCAGGUGUUACUGACAAACAGAUCAAACUUAGAGCCUUCCCAUUCUCACUCAAAGAUGCUGCAAAGGAUUGGCUCUACUAUCUCCCACCUGGAAGUAUCGACACGUGGAACGACAUGAAAAAGAAAUUUUUGGAGAAGUACUUUCCAGCUUCCAGAGCUGCGAUCCUGAGGAAGGAGAUAUGUGGCAUUAAGCAACAAUCAGGUGAAACGCUUCAUGAAUAUUGGGAGCGAUUCAAUAAGCUUAUCAUCAAAUGUCCACAACAUCAAAUUCCCUCUCAAUUAUUGAUUCAAUACUUUUAUGAUGGUUUGUCGUUGAUGGACAGGAACAUUAUCGAUGCUGCAAGCGGUGGAGCUUUAGUAAAUAAGACGCCGGCACAAGCUUGGGAUCUUAUUGCGAGGAUGGCUGAAAACACGCAGCAAUUUGGUUCAAGAGAUGUUGGACAUAUGAGCGGAAACAAAAACGACCAUACCAUCCAAUCGAUACAACAACAACUUUAUGAGUUGACGAGCUUUGUUCGCAAGAUGGUCGUGGAAAAAUCCAACCCGAGUGUCCAGGUCAAGGCGUGUGGAAUAUGCACAAGUCUGAUCAAUCAAGUGUCGGAGGAGGUGAAACAGCUACGUGAAAGAGGAAAGUGGCCUGCUCAGUCUGAGCCAAAUCCAGCAAAUGUCAGCGCCAUCACUAUCUGCAGUGAUACGAAGAUUGAAUGUUCUUCCCGGCCUAAUCCAAAGAAUACGAGUGCUAUAACUCUUCGUAGCGGAAAGGAAUUGGAAGGUCCACCUCCUAUCUCAAAGGAACAAAAUAAAGAUCAGAUUGAGAUGGAGAUCGAAAAAGAAGUUGAACUUCACGAAAAGAAACCACAAAAGGCAAACAAACGAAAAGAGAUGAUGGAAAUAUUCAAGAAGUUGGAACUUAAUAUCCCGCUCCUGGAAGCUAUCACCCAAAUCCCCAAGUACGCAAAGUUUUUGAAAGAACUGUGCACCAACAAAAAGAAAUUGCGAGAAGACGAGCAUAUUAUAGCGGGUGAGAACGUUUCUGCUGUUAUCAAAAGAAAGGUACCACCUAAAACAGGUGAUCCAGGUAUAUUUUCUAUCCCUUGUAAGAUUGGAAAAACUGAGAUAACUAAGGCUAUGCUAGAUCUAGGAGCUGCUAUUAAUGUCAUGCCUCGAUCAAUAUACGACUCUUUAAAUCUAGGGUCUCUAAAAAAAACAGGAAUUAUUAUUCAACUUGCUGAUCGAACCCAUGCUUAUCCCGAUGGUAUGAUAGAAGAUGUAUUAGUUCAAGUGAAUGAAUUAAUUUUUCCUGUUGAUUUUUAUAUUCUUGAUAUGCACGAUGCAAAUUGUUUUAAUCCACCGCCUCUUUUGUUAGGAAGACCUUUUAUGUGCACUGCAGGAACAAAGAUAGAUGUUAAAAAGGGCACACUCAGCUUGGAGUUUGAUGGAGAAGAAUUUCAUUUCAAUAUUUUUAAUCCCGUCAAAUGUCCUGUUGAAUCUGAAUCGUUAUAUGCAAUUAAUGUUAUUAAUUUUAUGGUGCAGGAAACUUGUGAAGUUGGUAAUGAGAAUAAACGAAGAACUGUGUUGACAAAACAGUUAGAGAAAAGACCAACUGGAGAAAGUAAGAAAAGAAAAAAGAUUGUCGAAAAGUGGAGAUGGAUUCCCAAGGGAUCACCAUUGCUGGCAGCAAAAAAAUGUCAUAAGGAGAAUCAAAAUUCUAAGCCGAAGAAAAAGUGUGUGGCAAAUAGACAUCGCUUCAAAUUAUACCACGAGGAACCCUCACUUGAUCCUAUAAAGUUGGCACCCGUUGCCGAUUUCAAUGUUCAGAAUUGA